AGAUCACUUUUCCCCAAAUUUAUAUAUCUCCUCAGCUGGUCCUCGGGUCUACUGUCAAUCCUCUUAAUAUCUAUUUACAUACAAGCCAAAGCCCACGAUAAUACACGAAACCCAAAAUCAUCAAAACCAAUUAGACCCGCUACGCCUCUAGACAUCGACGACAUCACUGUCCCUUACGAACAAACAAGCAACGAACCAACUUUCACUUUACCGUCACUACACCAAAAAUGGCCGCCACCAUGAUACAACAGCCCUACCCAAUUCAUCAGCAGCAGUCGCAGUACAGCUACAUGGUUCAGCCUCAGGGCCCGCCUUCGCCGCCCAUGGACGACAACAAGUGCUCGCUUCCAUCCAUCUCGAACCUGCUCGGCUUGGCGGAUCAAGGAUCACCAACCUCGGAGACCUCGGCCCAAUUCCGCGAGGAGCAGAAGCAACAACAAGCAGCACAACAAUCAAGACCCAACUCGUCACACUAUAGCAAUGCAGUCCAGUCUGUGCGCCAGGGCAUCCCGCCAACGCCGCCAAUGACUUCUGAGACCUCAUUCGACGGUUACAACUCGCCCUCAAACAAGUCGGUCAGCCAGCUUCCCGCCACUGGCUACUACUUUGAGGCGACGCCACCCCCAGGCCACAUGGAGAUGGAGCCCCGCCCGCACAUGACCAGCGUUUCCAGGGUCCCAGUUCAGGCUCCCUUCGCUCAGUCUGCCUACUCAGCUCCCUAUGGCAUGGCCCCCAGCAACCCGAUGGCGGCCUACUACCCGACGAUGCAGCCCACGCCUCCUCCUCAGCAGCCUCAGAUCUCUAGCCUUUACUACCAGAGACCCCUUCCUCAGGCCUUCCCUCCCAUGCCUGUCAACGUCUCCAUGGGUCCUCAGUCUGGCGCCAACCCGUGGCAGCACCACCACUACAUCUCGCCAUCUGCUGCGGCAUCUUUCCCUCAGUCCCAGGACCGCUACAUCUGCCAGACCUGCAACAAGGCAUUCUCCCGCCCGAGCUCCUUGAGGAUACACAGCCACUCGCACACUGGCGAGAAGCCUUUCAAGUGCCCUCACGCCGGCUGCGGCAAGGCUUUCAGCGUGCGCAGCAACAUGAAGCGCCACGAGAGGGGCUGCCACAACUAUGACAGCAGCAGCAGCAACGGCACCGCCAUGCACUGAUGGAGGUGACUAAUGUAAUCGACAAUAAGCCAAAACAGCUUCAGCGAUAAUCACCUACAAGAACGAAAAAGAAAAAAAGAAAAAAAAAACAAAAACAGCAUAGAACCUCUUGCGAAAGAGGAACGUCCAUUCACUUUCCAUCUUGGAACGCGAUUCCUUUUUACAAGGACGCGUCUUUCCACUUGGGCUACCCAAAAAGGGACUGGCGUUUUUUUGAUAUUAGCAUUUGAGCAUUUACGUGGGCGUUUGCAUUUUUGAUUUGUGGGAUUUUUUGAUGGGAGGUUUUUUAUUUAUUUAUUGUUUUAUUCUACUUCUUAUGAUAUACCAAUCUUAUACUUUUCUGUUCUUUCAGAGUUGCGAGAGAGGCCGGUCUUCCCCAACCUUGAACACAAUCUCGGAAAGAUGGAGAGGGAAAAGAACUGGGUGGGAAAAAAGACUAGGUUUCUGUUCAAACUUUUUCAAGUCACUCUUUUGCACAACAAUGUCUUUUUUACAUUCUCUUUCUCUCUUUGUCUUUUCAUCAUUCUAAUGUAUAUAUAGUAGACAAAACCUGAUUCUGAGCGAGUUCCGAAAGAUCAGGUCAUGAGACUAAACUUAGGCAGGCCUCAGUGGCAAAGGAGGCUAUAGUAUGAAGAGCAAAGAAGAAAAAAAAACCAUUUACAAUUACAAUUGAGACUUUUCAAAC